AGCCUGCAUAGCUUAAUUUACUAGCUAUCGAUCAUAUCAUGGGAGACAUGGAAGAAGGAGCGAAUGUUCAGAGACCACCUUUACUGCGUGGACAUAACUACAAUUUCUGGAAGGGCAGGAUGAGGGCCUUUCUCAAAUCCCUCGGUGGUGGAGUCUGGAGAAGUGUAGAAACUGGGUGGACUGAACCGCGCAAAUACUCUGAUGAUCUGACAAUGUCAAGAAUCAAACCAUUCGAAGAAUAUAGCAGAACUGAAGUAACCGCUGCUGAGUUUAAUGACAAAGCUUUAAAUGCAAUCUUUGGGGCAGUGGACUCUACCCAAUACAAGCUCAUCUCAAACUGUGACAAUGCCAAGGAAGCUUGGGAUAUUCUUGAAGUCACGCAUGAGGGAGAUGAGGAAGUGAAGACUGCAAAAUAUCAGAUCUUGAUGACUCAAUAUGAAAAUCUGCGCAUGGACGAGAAGGAAAAGAUCACUGAUUUUCAUGGAAGAGUUAGAGAUAUUGCAAACCAGGCUGCACGACUGAAUGAACCCAUUCCAGAAAACAAGCUGGUUCUCAAGGUGCUGAGAUCACUUCCAAAAGAAUAUGAGAUGGAUGUCAAGGCCAUUCGACGUUCCCACAACAUCAAAAACAUGACUCUUGAUGCACUUAUGGGAAUACUAGAAUCAACUGAACUGGACAUGGCAGAAGAUAAUAAACGAAGAAAACCUGAUAAGCAGAUUGCAUUUCUCAGCACUGAGAUGGAAGAUGACAGAGAACAUGAUUGGUCACUUGAUGAAGAUUUCCAAGAGCAGCUUUCAUUGUUCACUCGACAAUUCAAGAAGCAGUGGAUUCAGAAGAAAUCAAAUCAAAGACAUGAAGGCACCUCCAAGGGACUUCCAUCAAAAGAUGCUAAGUAUAGAGAAGCCAAAUACACAGAAAGCUCAAACUAUAUGAAGAAGAAGGGGCCACAGUGUUUUGAAUGUGGCGGAUAUGGCCAUAUCCAGUCUGAGUGUGCCAACAAUCUAAAAAAGAAGAGACAAGCUUUCAAGGCAACUUGGAGUGAUGAUGAAACUAAAGAUCAGAGUGAUUAUGAAGAAUCUAACUGUGCAUUCAUUGCAAAUGUUGAUCUAGGUGACGAAGAAAGUCUUGAAGAACAACUCGAGGAUCUGCAAGAAAAAUGGUCAGAACUCCUGAUGGUGAACAAAAGGAAUGUCACUGACAAAAACAUACUGAUGACAGAAGUUGAUGCUUUGAAGGAAAGAAUUGACGGACUCGCCAGGAAAAUUGAAGAUCUUGAAGGAGAAAAAUCUAAUCUGCUAUACGAGAUAAAUCAACUAAAGUCCUAUCAAAAAUGGAUCAAGGUUGUUGGAGCAGAGGUGUUAGAUCAUCACUCGAUUAUGGAAAAAUCUCCUGGAGACAUGACAUGUAUUGGAUAUACAGAUAAAGGAAAGAUGCCACAAUCUCUUGAAGUCAAGUUUGUCAAAGCUUCUGAAGUAACGACCUCCAACAGCCCACGUCAGUCCAAAAAGGAGCAUCAAACACUCUCGUACAAGAAUUCCUAUCAUCAUUACAGAUGCUAUAACUGCAACAAGUGGGGACACAUACAGCGCCAGUGUGGCACUAGAUGGAGCAAGCGAUGGGCCACUAAGCGGUACAAACAAAUCUGGAUACCAAAACAAUCUGCCUCUGUGGCCAACACUUGCUACCGGGUCACUCCAGAUCAAUGGCUCCUAGAUAGUGGAUGUUCACAUCAUAUGACAGUAGAUGACAAAGCACUAUGGAAGAAUGACAGUGACUCAAGAGAUGAUGAACCACCUGCUGAACAGCAAGCUGAAGAAGCUUCACCAACAACAGACACAGAAGACCAAUCAGAUGCAGAACCACAGGCAAGUCAACCAGAAGAAGUCCGAGUGCCCACUCACAUUCAAAAGAAUCAUCCUCUAAAAAAUGUGAUUGGAGAUCCACAAGAAGGUAUGCGCACUCGGAAAAAGAAGAUUGACUAUGUUGAGAUGAUCAAUGCCUUCUAUACAUCAUCAGUUGAACCAAGAAAUGUCAAAGAAGCCCUGACAGAUGAAGCGUGGAUAAACGCAAUGCAGGAAGAGCUUGCACAGUUUGAGCGAAAUCAGGGAAGAUCUGCACUGAAAAGAGAACUCUGGGCAAAACAUCGCUGGACGCGUCUACUGGCUUCAAAGGACGCACAACAAACCGAUGCUCAUCUUCAAACACAGGCAGCAGAAGAAGACGAAGAAAAUCUCCCACAACCCAAUCUGGAAAAAUCAAGCAUGGAGCAACCAGAGUCAAGAUCUGUAGAUGCUGAACUCAGAAAAGACACAGAAGAUGAUGUGAUUCUAAACCCUAUAGCCACAUUUCCAGAACCGUUUCUUCUAGAAUUUACAGGUACUACACAAAAAGUGGACAUGCAAAGCAAGAAGAAGGAAGAUCUGCAGUCAGAAAAGGGAAUACCAGAGAUCGUAGAUGAAGAACCUUUGAUAGCAUGUUCUGAUGUGCCAUUUGAAGAAGUAAAAUCUACAACUCCAGCAUCCAAGAAACCAAAGGCGAAACACACUGGAUCCAGAUGGUCGUUGCGUCAAAAGGCGAAGGAGAAUCAAGAAUCAGAAGGGUCGGAAGAAAUUCAAACCAAAGAAGUGCCAAAGAAGGAACUUAAGCGUAAGGAGAAAGCAACAAAUGCCCAGGAGGAGAGCUCAAAGAAGCAGAAAACAUCAUCUCCUUCAGCAAAACUCUCAACCAGAAGUCAGACCAACCAGAGGAAAGGUGCAAAAGCAGAAAAGUCACCCAAAGCAGGGAAGUUUUCUAAACAUCUUUUUGUUUCUUCAAUUGCUAGUUCAUGCAUGUCUGAAAUUAUCAAGAAAACUAUUCUGCCACAAAGAAGCAUUGAUGUUGAGGAUUUUGAAACAAAGACAAACUUAAUCCCUGUGCUGAAAAAGGGUAACUUGCUUAAAUCAAUCACCUUGCCUGGUUCUUAUGUGAGAAAAGUCAUUCAAGAGUUUUACUGCAAUUUGACUGAGGGUAGCAACAUUCACACUGACCCUUCAUACCAAAAAGUGUUUGUGAGAGGGAAAACCUUUGAUCUGUCCCCUACCAAAAUCAAUCAGUUCCUGAACAUAAAACCCCCUUCCUCUGAAAUCAAUGUGAAUGAAAGACAAGUCUGGACUGAUCUUACUAAUGGUGAGCGUAUUUCUCAAUCCACCAAGUCAAAAGUGCCCUCUUCCAUCCUCAAAAGUUCCUAUGCUAUACUGUUCAGGGUUGCUGCAUAUCAGUGGCUCCCAACCACCCACAUGAACACAGUCCCACUAUGCAUAGCCACACUCAUCUACAAAAUCAAGCAUGAGAUACCUGUCAAUCUUGGAAAAAUCAUCUUUGACCAGAUCAUGAGCUUUGCACCUGAAAGGGCAAAACAGAACUCUAAUGGGCUUCCUUAUCCACUUCUCAUUUUUCAAAUGCUCAAAUCUCAGAAACUUGUAGUUGCAGAUGAAGAAGAACCUGCUCCUCCUCUUCUCCAGGUUGAUUUAAGACACUUUGAAGGAAGACAUUACAAUGAUAUGUCUACAAGGGAGGAACAGAAGACAGCUCCAGCAGUUCUUCAGUCAGAUUUUUCCAAAACAGCUUUCAUCAAAGGGGAAAUUCAGUCAUUGCAAGAGAAGAUUGAUGAAUACAAGAAGUUGAUCAAAGACGCUGAAAUCAAGAAGAAGAAAUGGGCCAUCAUCCUGUCAUCUCUGGACACCACUUCAGAUGAAGCUGCUAACUCUCAGGGGGAGAAGAUAACGCAAGGUGGACCAGAAGGUGCUGCAACACAGGGGGAGCAAAGUGAAGAUGAUGAAGACACUGAUGAAGGAGAGGAAAGCGCAGAUGCAGAGGAUGAUAACCAAGCAAAUGAAGAGUCAGACUUUGAAGCUGAACUCCACAAGUUUGAUGAUUAAACUCCACAAGUUGUUUUGUGCAAAACACUACUGUCUUUGGCUACUCACUAUUUUGAUGGGAUUGUUUUGUCCCUUAUGUUUUGGCAUGGAUUCAUCAACUCAUAUUUUUGCUGCUACUAUGUGUGUUAUGCUAUGGGUAUGUUACGCUAAGGAUUGCUGCUAUUCCAUCGUUUUUGAUGGAUUGGUCCGUCCCUUAUUACUGCACAUGGUCUCCUGG